GGGGUUUCGAUGAGGAGCUCUGGGAAAUUUUGGUCGAGAUCAUUGUCGACGUGGGAACUGUCCAGGGCCACUUGCCAUCUCAACUCUGAUCAUUCUUUCGGGUGUUCGUCAUUAAUUACUUUUUUCUUUUUUUUGGAUUUUUCUUCUCGUGAAAAAAACUUCAUCCCACCAACAUGGCCUUUGCCGGCCAAACACCCACGAUCGUUGUCCUCCGUGAGGGUACCGACACCUCUCAGGGAAAGGGACAGAUCAUCUCGAACAUUAAUUCUUGUGUCGCCGUGCAAUCUACAAUCAAGAGCACUCUCGGUCCAUACGGAGGUGACCUGUUGCUUGUCGACAGCAACGGCAAACAGACAAUCACAAACGAUGGAGCCACAGUGAUGAAACUUCUUGAUAUUGUGCACCCCGCCGCCCGCAUUCUCACUGACAUCGCACGAUCCCAAGAUGCCGAAGUCGGCGACGGAACAACCUCCGUGGUCGUUCUUGCUGGUGAAAUUCUGAAAGAAGUCCGGGAGCUUGUUGAACAGGGCGUCAGCUCACAGACUAUCAUCAAGGGUCUGCGGAGGGGAAGUGCUAUGGCCGUCAACAAGAUCAAGGAGAUUGCGGUGGACAUUAUCGAUCAAUCUGGUACCGAGGAGAAGAAGGUCGAGACUCUACGAAGAUUGGCUGGAACAGCAAUGAACAGCAAGCUUAUCAAGCGGAACUCGGAAUUCUUCACCAAGAUGGUGGUGGACGCUGUCCUCAGUCUGGACCAGGAUGACCUUAACGAGAAAUUGAUCGGUGUGAAGAAGGUUACUGGUGGUGGUCUCCAGGACUCGCUUUUCGUCAACGGUGUUGCCUUUAAGAAGACCUUUUCUUACGCCGGUUUCGAGCAGCAGCCCAAGUCUUUCAAGGACCCCAAGAUUGUGUGUUUGAACGUCGAGUUGGAGUUGAAGAGUGAGAAGGACAACGCAGAGGUUCGGGUUGAGCAGGUGUCUGAAUACCAGGCCAUCGUCGAUGCAGAGUGGCAGAUCAUCUACAACAAGCUCGAAGCCAUCCACAAGACUGGCGCAAAGGUUGUGCUCAGCAAGUUGCCCAUUGGUGAUCUUGCUACACAGUACUUUGCUGACCGGGAUAUUUUCUGCGCUGGACGUGUUUCAUCGGAUGAUAUGGACCGUGUCUGCCAGGCGACCGGUGCGGCAACGCAGUCGACAUGCACCGACAUCCAGGACCGCCACUUGGGAACCUGUGGCUCGUUCGAGGAGCGCCAGAUUGGUGGAGAGCGAUACAACUUCUUUUCCGAGUGCCCCGGAGCACGGACAUGCACUCUGGUGCUGCGUGGUGGAGCGGAGCAGUUCAUUGCCGAGGUCGAGCGCAGCUUGCACGAUGCCAUCAUGAUUGUCAAACGUGCCCUUCGCAACACAACCAUUGUUGCGGGUGGUGGUGCGUGCGAGAUGGAGCUUUCCAGCUACAUGCACGGAUUUGCCGAUCGCAACGUCCCGCACAAGCAGCAGUCCGUCGUCAAGGCGUUUGCCAAGGCUCUCGAAGUGAUCCCGCGCCAGCUGUGCGACAACGCCGGUUUCGAUGCCACCGACAUUCUGAACCGCCUGCGUGUGGAGCACCGCAAGGGCAAUGUCUGGGCCGGUGUGGACUUUGACCACGAAGGUGUGCGUGACAACAUGGCCGCCUUUGUGUGGGAGCCCAGUCUGGUCAAGGUCAAUGCCAUCCAGGCUGCCAUCGAGGCUGCUUGCCUGAUCCUGAGUGUGGACGAGACAAUAAAGAACGAGGAGUCCGCCGCAGCACAGGGUCCUACUCGUGGUCUUCCUCCGGGUGCUGCCCAGCGGGCCCUUGGAGGUGGACGAGGACGGGGCAUGCCGCGGAGAGGAAGGUAAGAACAGGGAUUUCAAAACGAUAUCUUCAGAUAUGGUCUAUGAUUUUUAAAUGUGGGUCCAAUGUGAAAAAGGAAACGGAAAAGGAGAAGAUAGAAGAAGGUGGUAGAUGGGCACAUGAGGUGCUGUAAUCUGGUUCAUGUCCAUAUAUCUAGUACGUUUUGUCAAUGUGAAGUCGACCAGAACACCGUUUCUAUUCCUGUCUCCAAUUAAGCUUGUCGACUUGACAGCCUGUCGGAAAAGAGGCUCCUUAUGAUUAUGGUUCUUAUUCCGGAGUAUUAUUCUAGAAGCACUGGUCAGAUUGAGAUCAAUCAGCCUUAGAAACGACGAUCUCCACUGCACUAAGUCGAGAUGAAGCGGUUGAUCCGAGCACGACUACUCCAACGACCCCUGCUAAAAUGAGUGGACUAUCGUUUAUGAUUUACUGCUUUCAGUGCUUGAAAUGAGAAAAAA